AUGGUGCUUUUCCCCAGCAUUGACGGAAGCAGCAUGAUCACGGCUCUCCACACGCUUUCGAUAGGCCUCCUGGUCUCUGUGGUUGUGAUCGCAGCGGUAAAAACCUUCCCAAGGCUGAUGAGCGGAAGGAAGGCCAGGAGCGACGGAACGGUGGAGGAGAGGAUAGACAAGUCGUUUACCAAGACAGAGUCAAAAAUUAAAUAA